AUUGGCAUAUUAUGCGUGAUCUGUAUUCUGUAAUAUGCAGUAAUCGCAGUGAUAUUCAAUAAACGCUAAAUACGUAAAUUAUUUUAGGAAACGAAAGGAUUACAUGUUAGAAAAUGGUUGAUCCUAUAUUUGAUUACCAGUUUAGGCUUAUUCUAAUCGGCGACAGCACAGUGGGGAAGAGCUCCCUGCUAAAGUAUUUCACAGAUGGAAAAUUCGCAGAGCUAUCGGAUCCCACUGUUGGAGUUGAUUUCUUUGCGCGAAUAAUUGAGGUUCAAGAUGGAACGCGAAUUAAACUUCAGCUUUGGGAUACAGCUGGACAAGAAAGAUUCAGAUCAAUUACGAAAUCUUAUUAUAGAAAUUCAGUAGGCGCCCUUCUAGUGUACGACGUAUGUAAUAGGUCGAGUUUCGAACACAUACCCUUGUGGAUGAUGGAGGCAAAGCGACAUAUAGAGCCCCACAGACCUGUAUUUGCGCUUGUUGGCUGCAAGAUAGAUCUGGUUGGAACAGAUAACAAAAGUGGUGCAAGGAGGGAGGUUUCAUGUGAGGAGGCUAGAUUGUUUGCUGAGGAAAAUGGUUUGCACCAUGUAGAGACAUCAGCGAAAACGGGUCUAAAUGUGGAACAGGCUUUCAUACUAGUUGCUCAAGAGGUAUACAAUCGUAUACAGACUGGGGAAUACAAGGUGGAGGACGGAUGGGACGGUAUCAAAACAGGUUUCAACCGACCAAACGGUAUGGACUUUAACUUGCUCGAGGCAGAAACAGUGCAGUCUACUUGCUGUUAAGUUUUGCAUGUACACGUUUUGGGGUUGUCGUUAAAAAAAGGUUGGGUGGCCUUACUUGCAAUGUUUGAUACUAAAAUUUUGACUUGAUUUAAUUAAAUACGUCUUUAAAAGUGUGUUGGUCAAGAGUUGGUAUUGUUUUAUGUGAUACUGUUGAGGAAAUUUAUUUAUUAUCUAUGGCAACCCUCGUAAUUUAUAUAACCAUAAAAUAACCGCAAGAAAUGUAGAUAUGAUGCACAGUAAUGUUAAAAUAGUGUAUAUUAUAGUACAUAUUAUAAUUAGAUUACAUUCAAUCAACUAAUUUUAUUUUAAUACUAAUAGUUAUUGUUUUAUAUGAGGAUUAAGUACUAAAUGAUUCAAUAGGCGGAAAACAUUAUGCGUCUCUUUAAAAUUGCACAAAUUCUUUAUUAUGUUCAUUAAUCACAUGUCCGCAAAUAUUUGGAACUAAUAAUGCUAUUUCACUCUCACAUUUACAUAAGUACAAAGAGAUAGAAAUGUCAAUCUACUACUAAAUUAUAAAUAUAUGCAUACAAUUUUCUAACAAAUUUGCUAAAGGAGUGCCAAUAAAUGCAAAACAUUGCACAUUUUUAUUUUAUGUACAUAAUUUUUAAUUAGCACUUAAACAUAAUCCCAACAAUACGACCAAAGAGUUGGAUCUUUUGUUAUUUAUUUUUUAUUACACAAUUUUUAAAUUUAAGCUAACAUACUAACAAAAUCUACGAUUUGUAGUGAAAAAAAAAUUGUACCUGCAAAAAUAACAAUUUGUAUUGUAUAAUAUAAUUUUUAAGAGUAUCUGUACUGUUGUUGUAGGUAAAACAUACCUAUAUCCUUUUGUAAAAGCUUAAAAUCAAUUUUAGAGUCUGGCAAUGUAAUAAAAUAUUUCGUAGUGGCAGCAAGUACUGGAUUUAUUCGAUAAAUUCUCAUAAAAAAUUGUUCAUGUAACUUACGACGCAAAAGUUUUGGAAACAUUUCAAUAAAAAAUAUUUAUUGUCUAUGCAUCUGAAACUGUGAUGACAUAGGAAAAAUAAAAAAAUGUGGCAUUUAACAUUAUACGUUAUUA